AAUCAUCGACAUGUGUGUGUGUGUGUGUGCGUGUGUGCUUGUGAGUUCAGGAAUCGGAAUUGAAAAUAUUCUGCGCUGCCUUUCACAUUUCAGUAGUUUCCGUUAAUGCGUUCGCCACGUCGAGUUAGCUCCUUUGAAUUUUUUCCUGUGUCGCGCUGACGGUAAAAACCAUAACAAAAAACUAAUUAUUGCUCAAAAGAGCAUUCGAAUAUACCGAAAUAAAAAAUGCACACACCUUGUGUUUAAAGUGGCUAAUAAAAAAAUCAUAAUUAUAUUACCGUACAACAUAGAAGCAACAACGAAAAAAUUGUCAGCAAUUUAUGCGUGGAAAAUAGCUGAGGAAAAUCGCAGACAACGACUCCGUAAUUACGAUUAAAAUAUGAGAGCCUAACGAACCGAAGGAAACAAUUAAGCUAAAAGCAGCGGAAAAGCGCCGGAAAAUAAGCAAACCAAAAAUUCAAACCGAAGGUUUUCUUCGUGUAUUGUGAUUUCCUUUUUUUUUUUUUGUUUUGUUUUGUUUGUUUGUUUGAGUGACUGCUGCAAAAUGCCUCUGUACUCGGAUUCAACCAACUACUACUAUAGUGGCGGCAGCAGCCAGCUGUACUCACCGUACUAUAGUUCCGGCUUGGGCAUCAACUUGGGCAUCGGAUCCUCACCAGGAUCGAGCUAUACGUCCAGCUACAAUCGCUCGUAUCCGGCCAGCUAUAUGGUACCCCUAAGUCCCUCCUCGCCGAGAUCGCCGAGCAGUUAUUCCAGUGCCAGUUCCGGCGGCAGCAGCUCCCUCCAUGGCCUGGGCUCCAGAUAUCAACCAAAGCUGACCACGAUUACGGAGACGGGACGGCACAGCGGCCAUAGCAGCCUGAUGCCACUGACCAGGAUUAACUCACCCAAGUACAGCAGUUCGGUGGCCACUCCGAGUUAUGGGUCAUCGGCUGCCAGUAGUAGAUACAUACCAGCCAGACCCAUUGCCAUCAAUACGGCAGAUAUCGAUGUGAGUUCCUCGCGCUAUCGCAGGGCAGUGCCUUCCAAGUCGCAGGAAAAGGAGCAGCCCAAAGAGGAGGUCAGGCAAAAGGAGCAGAAGGAGCAGAAGGAACAGGCGGAGGAGCAGGUUAAGCCUACUCCCAAGGAAACACCAUCGGAAAGUCCAGAUACAGGUGCCGAAAGCAGACCCAAUCGUAGAUCAACCAUUAGGAGAAAUCGUCCUGUGGUUCGACUAUCCACCAUACGAAGACGCAGCAAGGAUCGCAGUGCCGAGAGUCCCAAGAAGGAGCAGGUGCAGGAGCAUCAAUUCCGGGAUCUGCCACCUGCCGCCGAGCCCAGUUUGAGUUGGCGCCAAAAAUUGGCCGAGGAACUGGCAGCCUUUCCAGUAACCAGCAAUAAAAAGUCACCCGGCGAAUUGCUUCGCGAGAGAUUCUAUAUAAAAGAUGAGAAGGAGGAACUAGCCAAUUUCAAUAGAGCCCAAAUCCAGGAGCUUAGCCAACCACAAUGUGCUCAUAAGACUUCGACUCCGGAAAUGGAGGUCAGUGCCAAAAGGGAAAUGGAUGACGAAAAGGAGGAGGACUCUGAUAAACAGGAACAGGAACUGGAGGAAAUGCAGGAGACCAUUCGCCGCUUGAGCUUGGUUCAAUGUCCAACAUUUCAUGACAUUUGCGAGGAUAUUUCAUCCGAUAAGAUCGAUGAUGAUCUGAAUGCCGGAGAACUCAGACGCAGGGCCUCCAUUAUUCAGGAGCAAGAACAGGAAAUACUGAAUAAGCUGCAGAAAUCGAACUCCGGCAGCUUUCAGUUGAUCCACCUUGAACGCAGAUCCAGUCACGAUAGUACCACCACAAACGAUGAAGAUCCCAAGGAGAGAUCCAAAAGACGCUCCAAGAAGAGUAAGAAGAUGCGCCAUAAGAUCACCGCCAUUGUGGAGGUGGAGAAUGCUCCCCAAGCCCAGCCAGUGGAGCACAUGCCCAGUGUUUUGGAGUUGAAUGAGGAAUCCCUCUUAAUACAACCGUUGGCUUCCGGUUCCGGUUCGAGUUCCACUCCAACUCCCAGUCCGAAACCUAAGUUCACCGUUAAUGUGGAGACUGUGGAGGAGCACCAUCAGAUACACAAGGUCUUCAAGUUGCCCAAGAAAAAGGCAAUGCCCAAGGAUCAGGAGGACUCCUCUUUGCCAGAAGGCUUCAUGAAAGCUGCUCCCAAAACAACGAAGACGUCGCCACUAAAGAAGGCAAACAAACAGCAGCAUGUGAGUGAGGCGCAGAUUUUCACCUUUGAUGAGGCAGCCAUACAACAGCAGCAACAAACGCAACAACAGCAACAGCAACCACUGGAGCUACCUAAAACCGAGGCCAAGGUCGAGGGCGUGGCCACGCCCAAGCCCAUUCGGAAGGCCAUACAGAAAUCGGAGAGCGGCGAGGACUUUUGGUCGCAAAUCGGUUCGAGGGAAACGCUAUACAUGACCAACCGCAAAAAGGUCUUUAACAUGCGACAAGAGCAGCAGGAGCAGCUCCUGGAGGAGGAAUCGCCUAAGUCACCAGCAAGGCCAAAGGAAGCAAAGACAGAUUUAAAGACACCAACAACUCCCAAACUCAAAUCGGAAAUUCUCAUCGAGCUGAAGACCACACCCUCCAUAGUGUCCACAAGUGGCAAAUCGGCUGUCGAGGCUAAGAAAGUAGAAACAAGCGAUACUUCAAGCAAAGCACCAACAACUGCAAUACCAAAGGCUAAAUCAAUUGACGCUUCAACAACUGCUGAAUCACCGAAAUUAAAGUGCGCAACUGAUAGCAAUAAGGCCAAGCCGACAAUGCCCAAAACAGACUUACCAAAAUUAAAAACGGCAGAAGACGCUAAGCCAACAAUAACAAGCAAAUCGACAACUGCAACACCGACGAUGGACUCACCAAAAACGCCGCAAGCUAAAGUAGAAAUAUCACAAAAAACUGAAGACGCAGCGCAGCCACUGAAGCUGGAAACACCAACAAGAAAAGCAGCUACACCACAAAUAAAGCCUGAUACACCAACAGCACUGCAAUUGAAACCACAACAACCAACAAAAGAUGCACCAACACCAACGAAAGCAACAGCAGCCACAACACCACAAGCUAAAGUAGAAACACCAACAAAGGGUUCACCAACAAGCAAGAUUGUAGCGCCAACAACACCACAAGCUAAAGCAGCUGCAUCAACAACAUCCCCACUAACAAAGGUGGACACACCAACCACACCACAGAAAACACCACAAGCCAAACCAGCAGCAGAUGAGCCCAAGUCAACACCGGCAGCACCAAAGACAACAAUGGCCAAGAUCAGCAUGACAACGGCGGCAGGAACAACUGUUGCCGGGGCAGGAAAAACAAUAUCACCCAAGGGGCUGAAGCAGUCUGGCAACGCCGUAGCCAUGACAACAGCAACACCAACGACACCAACAACACCAACCACACCAACAACAGCAACAGGCAAAUCAAAAUUGAACGAAACAGCAGGGCCAAAAAUAAAUAGCGGGCAGCCGGCCAAGUCACCUGAACAACAACAGGCAACGGCAGCCGCAGCCGCAGUCGAAAUAAAAAUAAAUAAAACAACGGACAAGGAACAACAGCAGCAGCAACAGCAACAGCCGCAGCAGCAGCAACAGCAGCAGCAACAACUGAUAGACACGGCAGCAACAUUGGUGCCACAAACGGAAACCAAAACGAAAUUGACGGAAGCCGCUGAGCCAACGGGCAAGUCAAAGGUGCAAUCACCGAAUACGACAAAGCCAAAAAGUGCCGGCAAAACAAAUGUUGGCAAAAAGAAAGCUGCAGCGCCAGCAGCAGCAGCAGCAGCAGCAGCAGCCGCAGCAGCAACAGAAGCUGUUACGGCUUUGUCUGAGAGCAAUGUGACCCCAAUCAAUGCCGAUCAAUUUAUAACGCUGGCCCCCACAAAGGCGGCCAAAACAUCACCGAACAAGCAGCAAGCACUGCAAUUGCAACAGCAACAUGAGCAGCAGCAGCAGCAGCAGCAGCAACAGGCCACAAAUGCGUCAUCGCCGGCGGCAACUGGCGAUGCAACCACAACGCCCACAACAAUAACAACUGGUGUUGCUGCUGUUAAUGUUGCUGCUGUUGCUGCUGCUGCUGCUGAUGCUGCUGCUGCUGCUGCCUCUGCUGAUGCGACUACCUCGCUCAGCAGCAGCAACAGCUGCGGCGAAGGCGGCGGCAAUAAUUUAUCAAAGUUUGCAACAGUAUCGAAUUUGGCACAGUGUCUGCGAGACGUUGAUGCCGAGCUAGACGACUAUAUACCCUCGUCGGCGGAAAAUAGCCAAGAAGACGACAGCAGCGACGACGACGACGACGACGGGAGCGGCAGCAGUUCUGACGAUUAUUCCAGUGUUGACGGUUGUGCGAACUUAAGCGCCAGCAUGAAAAAGAAACUGCGCAAGGAGAAAAAGAAGCAAAAGGCGAAAGCAGCCGGCGGCGAGGCGAAACGCUUUGAUCCGCACAAGAAGAUCAAGAUCGAUACGACGAACAAGUGUUAUGUGAAGGAGGAGGCGCCCAGGUACCCACUGGUGGCCACGCCGCGUCCGCUGUGGAAGCGCGAGAAGAUCGUCUACUCGGAUGAGAAUACGGACGAUGAGAGCGGCAGCGAGGAGGGCAGCGGCGGCUCCUUGGACGAGGACAGCGAUGAUGAGAGCGGCGGCGAGGAGUGCAGCUCCACCAGCAGCAGCGCCAGUUCCGAGGAUCUCGAUGCGGUGGCCAUGGUCACCAAGGGUGGUAGCUCCAGUGCCGCAACGGUGCUGGAUUCGCCCAGUUCCAGCGGCUCGAAUGCCGGAACACUCAGUGUUCCCAGUGGUGGUGGUGGUGGUGGUGGGGCCUCCACAUCCAGCUCGCCGUCCAUCAUCCGGAUGAGCACCUGCAGCAACGAUUCCGGAUUCGAAGGCGGCACCGCGCCCUCCAGUCCCAAGAAGAUGCUAGAAACAUCAUAUACAUAUUCACAAUUCCAAAAAUCCGGACGUUUCACUGCGCCAGCAACAGUAAUACCUAGAUUUAAGAAUUAUUCGGUAGAUGAUUUCCACUUUCUGGCCGUUCUCGGCAAGGGAAGUUUCGGCAAGGUUCUGCUGGCUGAGCUGCGUGACACCACAUACUACUAUGCCAUCAAGUGCCUGAAAAAGGACGUCGUCCUGGAGGACGACGACGUGGACUCCACGCUCAUCGAACGCAAGGUCCUGGCCCUGGGUACCAAACAUCCCUACCUGUGCCAUCUGUUUUGCACCUUCCAAACGGAGAGCCACUUGUUCUUUGUGAUGGAGUACCUGAAUGGCGGCGAUCUCAUGUUCCACAUCCAGGAGAGCGGGCGCUUUUCCGAGGAGCGGGCCAGAUUCUAUGGCGCGGAAAUCAUCUCGGGCCUCAAAUUCCUGCACAAAAAGGGCAUUAUCUAUAGGGAUCUCAAACUGGAUAAUGUCCUGCUGGACUACGAGGGACAUGUUCGAAUUGCCGACUUUGGCAUGUGCAAAUUGCAAAUCUAUUUGGACAAGACGGCAGAUAGCUUUUGCGGCACACCCGAUUAUAUGGCGCCCGAAAUCAUUAAGGGUGAAAAGUACAAUCAGAAUGUGGAUUGGUGGUCCUUUGGUGUGCUGCUGUACGAAAUGCUGAUUGGUCAGUCGCCAUUCAGUGGCUGCGAUGAAGAUGAGCUCUUCUGGUCCAUCUGCAAUGAAAUUCCAUGGUUUCCAGUUUACAUAUCCGCCGAGGCCACCGGGAUUCUCAAGGGGUUGCUGGAGAAGGACUACACAAAGCGUAUUGGUUCGCAGUACAGCCCAGCUGGUGAUAUAGCCGAUCAUAUAUUCUUCCGCCCGAUCGACUGGGCUUUGCUGGAAAAGCGGCAAAUCGAGCCGCCCUUCAAGCCCCAAGUGAAACACCCCCUGGAUACCCAGUACUUCGAUCGGGUCUUCACCAGGGAAAGGGUGCGCCUAACCCCCAUCGAUAAGGAGAUAUUGGCUUCAAUGGAUCAGAAGCAGUUCCACGGCUUCACCUACACAAAUCCUCACAUCACCCUGGACUAGAGCCUAAUUAAUAUCCUAAUUAAUUAUUUAGAGCAACAGUAUUUGUAUAUGUAAAUAUUUAUUAUGGCCAAGAAACAAGAGAUUAACAACCAAAGAAGUGAAGAAUUGAAGUGAAUUCGAAAUUGUAAUACCUUGUAGUUAAGCUUUUGAGCACAUUGAAAAUUUGGAUUGUAAUUCUAGUCAGUUAGCUAUACGUUUAUGUCUAAGUCUAAUUGUACAGAUAUCCCUCCUCACAUUUACCUAUAUAUAUAUAUAUAUGUA